CGGGUCCGUGCACUAUAGUAUUAUGAAGAGUUGUACUAGUGUUCAAGAGUCCACUCUCUUCUCUUGAAUUUUUCUUUUCUUGCCAUCAUGAAGAACUCAUCAGCAAUGGAGAAGGAAGUAGUGGAGAUUUCUCAAAAUGAAAUGGAAAUGGCUUCCCAAAACAUUUCACAAAAACCACAAAGAAGCAAGGGUGGCCUUGUCACCAUGCCUUUCAUCAUAGCAAAUGAAGCACUUGCGAAUGUGGCAACAAUUGGUCUUCUUCCGAACAUGAUAUUGUAUUUGAUGGGGAGUUACAACAUUCAUAUGGCCAAAGCAACUCAGAUCAACCUUUUGUCAUCCGCAGCAACCAAUGUCACGCCUGUGUUGUGUGCUUUCAUUGCUGAUUCUUAUCUGGGUCGAUUUCUCGUUGUCGGCUUAGGUUCCAUAGUUACUCUCCUGGGAAUGGCGCUCUUGUGGCUAACAGCCAUGAUACCACAGGCACGCCCUUCUCCUUGCAACUCAGCAACAAAAACAUGUAAACCAGCAACAACUAAGCAAAUGACAAUGUUAAUCUCUUCCCUUGCUCUCAUGUCAAUUGGAAAAGGUGGCCUUUCAUGCUCUCUGGCAUUUGGCGCAGACCAGGUCAACAGAAAAGACAACAACUCCAAUAAACAGAGAGCCUUGGAAAUAUACUUUAGUUGGUAUUAUGCUUUUGUAGCUAUUUCUGUCAUAAUUGCUCUCACAGGAAUAGUUUAUAUCCAAGAUCAUCUUGGAUGGAAAUUGGGUUUUGGAGUUCCUACAGCACUAAUGCUCUUGUCAACUAUCUUUUUCUUCCUUGCUUCUCCACUUUAUGUGAAGAAUCAAAUACAAGAUAGCUUGAUCACUGGCUUUGCACGCGUAAUCGUCGUGGCCUAUAAGAACAGGAAACUUCCAUUACCAGCAGGGAACUCAGCUGGAAUACUGUAUCAUCGUAAGAAGGACACGAAUCUUGUUGUUCCAACUGAUAAAUUGAGGUUUCUGAAUAAAGCUUGCCUCAUUAAAGACCAUGAAAAAGAUAUAGCCUCUGAUGGGUCACCCUCUAAUCCAUGGAGUCUAUGCACAAUAGAUCAAGUAGAAGAACUAAAAGCCAUUAUCAAAGUUAUUCCACUGUGGUCUACGGGUAUCAUGAUGGUCCUUAACAUUGGAGGUUCAUUUGGAGUGUUGCAAGCUAAAUCCAUGAACAGACACAUCACUCCAAAUUUUGAAGUUCCACCAGGUUCUUUUGGUGUGAUCAUGGUGAUUACAAUAUUUCUAUGGGUGACUCUUUAUGAUCGUGUCAUCAUUCCUAUAGCAUCAAAGCUCAGAGGCAAACCAGUUAGGAUCAGUGCCAAGACAAAAAUGGGAAUUGGGUUGUUUUUCUCUUUUCUUCACCUUGUAACCGCAGCUAUUGUCGAGACUAUGAGGCGAAAAAGAGCAAGCACUGAGGGAUAUAUCAAUGAUACUCAUGCUGUGUUAAAUAUGUCUGCAAUGUGGCUUGUUCCUCAACUUUUCUUGGGUGGCUUGGCAGAGGCAUUCAAUGCAAUAGGCCAAAAUGAGUUCUACUACACAGAGUUUCCCAAAACCAUGUCAAGUGUUGCAUCAUCUCUUCUGGGAUUGGGAAUGGGGGCAGGAAAUGUGAUGUCUAGUUUGGUAUUCAGUAUUGUGCAAAAUGUUACUAAAAGAGGGGGAAAGGAGGGAUGGGCUGCAGAUAAUAUUAACAAGGGUCACUAUGACUGGUACUACUGGGUGCUUGCUGCAUUGAGUGUUGUAAAUAUAUUUUAUUAUCUAAUUUGUAGCAAGGCUUAUGGACCUACUGUUGAUCAAAUAUCCAAGGUGACAGAUGAAAAUGGUUCAAAUGAAGACAAUGGCUUGAAGGAGAAAGAGUCAGGAUGAAAAGGAAAAGGAAGACAAGUUGAAGUUUAUUUUAAUAUUUUGAUCAGCGGCAGCUGCAUAUAUCUAUGACUAGGCUAUUAAUGAACUGAACUUACAUAUAAACUAUGCCAGAAUGUAAUAAGGUAUAUUUGCUCUAUAGUGAAUUGUUAUAUUCUAAAAUCAGGUCUUUCAAAGUCUAACCUAACCUAACUCAACUUAUUUUGUAUGACCCCUAGU